GUCAAACUGGCACCAAUGUUAGAGAUGAUAACCUCUGAGCAGUUGAUGACUUACCUCGGAGAAUGUAUCUUUGAAAAUAUGCCGCAGAAUUUGACCGAGACAACACAGGCCAACUAUGAACAAAACAUGCAGGAUGCCAUGAGUGUGAUGUACAAGCUGCAGACAGGGCUGGACGUCAAUGUCAAGUUUACAGGUGUUGGUGACUUUGAAUACACGCCUGAGUUAAUUGUGUUUGACCUCUUGGGGAUCUCUCUGUACCACGGCUGGCUUGUCGACCCCCAGGACCUGGACACCCUCCGUGCAGUCGGUCAGUGCAGCUAUAAUCAGCUGGUAGAGAACAUCAUCUGCCUGCGGCAGACGCAGCAAGAAGAGGAGAAUGUCCGACAAGCACUGAUUGCAGAGCAGUUUUUAGACCGCACAGCCUCGCAACUCACUUACCAUGGCCUGUGUGAAUUGUCUUCUGUCAUCAAAGAGAAGGAGUUGUGUGUUUUUUUCAGGAACAACCAUUUCAACACUCUCUAUAAGAACAAUAAUGAGUUGUUUCUGUUGGCAACAGACCAAGGCUUUCUGACAGAGAGUAAUGUAGUCUGGGAGACAUUGUCAACUGUGGAUGGCGACUGCCACUUCACAGAUGCUACGUUCAGAACAUACACAAAGCCCGCACCUGCCACCACUCCAGUUCCUGAUUCAAGUGUGCCAGUUGGUAGCCCAGAGCAAAUCGACCAUGAUUAUCAGGUGGCGUUGUUUCUUCAAGAAGAAGAUGCCUCACUGCAAAAUCAAGCUUGGGGCAGUGGGCUUCCUCAGGAGCAGACAUCUUACACUGACGCAGAUCAUGAAUAUGCAAUGCGUUUGCAAGAAGAAGAAAACCGGCAGAUUGCAGAACAUGAAAGAACAGCAGGGGUAGCUGCUUCAGAUACAGCCUCACAACAUGGUCAGGGUAAUUAUCUGGGCCGUGCGUCGCCUGCUGAAGGACCACGCAGAAGGGUUGAACGUGCAGAGCGUAAAGAAAAGGAAGAUAAAAGUUGCUUGAUACUCUGA